AGAUACCUGCAUCUCUGAAUCAAAGCCGUGGCACUUUGAACUCAGACAGCUUCUAUAUAAAGAGAUCAAAACUACAAAUUUUAGGUAAAAAUUUUAAUGAAAAACCCCCAAAACACAGGAUUUCUCGUGAUAUUAUUAAAUCUUUAACCGCAAAGUGACAUUGGGAUUUGUGUUCCAGUAAUCUUGGGACUGAUACACUUUUUUAAGUGUGAUCCAUCAUCAUUAUCAUUAUCAUCUUCAUUUUGGUGAAAGCUUGGAGACUGUUGCAAUGGAUUCAUGUUGUAUGGCUUUGAAGACCAGUGCCAAUUUGGGGAAAGGUGGUUUUAACAAUGGAGAUAAGGAGUUCUUAGGGGAAAGGGCCAGAGGGAGUUUAAAUUAUAGUGUUGGCUUCAAUCAGAUAACAAGAAGCUUAAAAGCUGGUUGGAAUGUUAAUAAUGUCAAGCCUAGUAAUGCUUAUGCUGUGUUAACAUCAAAUAAUCCUAAGGAGAUUGUGACCUUGCCAUCACCACCGCGUUUGGAGAGGCGAAAAGUGGAUCCGAAAAAUGUAGCUUCAAUCAUAUUGGGAGGAGGUGCAGGGACCAAGCUAUUUCCUCUUACCAGAAGGGCUGCAACACCAGCUGUACCUGUGGGAGGAUGCUACAAGCUUAUAGAUGUUCCUAUGAGCAAUUGCAUCAAUAGUGGCAUUAAUAAGAUUUUUGUAUUGACACAAUUCAAUUCUGCUUCCCUUAAUCGACACCUUGCUCGCACAUAUUUUGGAAAUGGAAUCAAUUUUGGGGACGGAUUCGUUGAGGUUCUUGCUGCUACUCAAACACCUGGAGAAGCCGGGAUGAAUUGGUUCCAAGGAACAGCUGAUGCUGUGAGACAAUUUACAUGGGUUUUUGAGGAUGCCAAGAACAGGAAUGUAGAGCAUAUAGUAAUCUUGUCUGGAGAUCAUCUUUACCGCAUGGACUACAUGGACUUUGUGCAGCAUCAUGUUGACAGUAAUGCUGAUAUUACAAUUUCAUGUGCGCCGGUUGGUGAGAGCCGUGCAUCAGAUUAUGGCUUGGUGAAUAUAGACAGCAGAGGCCGGAUUACCCACUUCGCCGAAAAACCAGUAGGAGCUGAACUGAGAUCAAUGCAAGCUGACACAACUAAUUUAGGUUUGUCUCCACAAGAUGCGGUGAAAUCCCCGUACAUUGCAUCGAUGGGAGUCUAUGUGUUUAGGACGGAGAUUCUAUUGAAGCUUCUGAGGUGGAGAUUUCCUACAUCAAAUGACUUCGGAUCAGAAAUUAUUCCUGCUGCUGUCAUGGAGCACAAUGUCCAAGCAUAUGUUUUUAGAGAUUACUGGGAAGAUAUCGGAACAAUCAAGUCUUUCUACGAAGCUAACUUGGCUCUUACUGUCGAGCCUCCUAAGUUUGAGUUUUAUGACACGAAGACACCCUUCUACACAUCUCCUCGAUUCUUACCACCAACAAAAAUUGAUAAAAGCCGGAUUGUAGAUGCAAUAAUCUCUCAUGGAUGCUUCUUGCGAGAAUGUAAUAUCCAACACUCUGUGGUUGGUGAACGCUCACGUUUAGAUUAUGGUGUUGAGUUAAAGGACACUGUGAUGCUGGGAGCAGACUGCUACCAGACUGAAGCUGAAAUUGCUUCUCUUUUAGCAGAUGGGAAAGUCCCCAUUGGCGUCGGAAGUAACACAAAAAUCAAGAACUGCAUAAUUGACAAGAAUGCGAAAAUAGGAAAAGACGUUCUCAUCGUGAAUAAAGCUGGUGUGCAAGAAGCAGAUAGACCAGAAGAAGGGUUCUACAUCCGGUCAGGAAUCACAAUUGUUAUGGAGAAGGCAACAAUAGAGGAUGGCAAAGUGAUAUAACUAAAUCUCAAGAACUAGCUCCAAACCCAUGUUCGCAGAGGUCAAUUCCGAAACAGUCAAUCAAGUUCAGCCUACCGAAGAAACGAAGCUGACAUGACGAUAAUGGCAGCAUUUUGAUCCGAGGAAGAAGAAAUUAAAGCAGCUGUUCUUUAGCAUAUGUAUACUAAGAGCUCCGUCGAGCUUCCUUCUAAAGUUAUGGUCGCUUACUUAGUUUAUUUCCUUUCUAGAUUACAUAUAAUUAUAAAGCUUGCACCUUUAGCAAUUAAUAAUACCACAAGCUGUAUUAGAACUUCUAGCUAUGUGAAUAUAUGAAUAAUAAGGCUCUACAAUAAGAAUAUUUUUUUAUGAA